AUCCAAAGUUCGUGACUGGAAAAACCUGAUUCCUCUAAGCCAGAGUCCACAAAGGUGUGCCAUCUCUGUAAAGCACAAAGAAGAUAGGACAGUCUAAAGAUUUCAAACAGAACAAUGCAGCCGCAAGAAGACUGGAAUACAUCAGAAAAAUCCAAGCUGUUGCAGCCUGGGCCACCACCAUACCAGGACGAUCUUAGACAGCCUCCUCCAGGGAACUUCCAGAGCACUUCUGGCUAUCAAGCGCAGCAAUAUGGAGCUUCAGGGCCACACGGCCAAGGACCGUAUCCAGGACAAGCUGCUGUCACUGUGCAACCUGCAGUUUAUGUGACUCGACUGGUGUAUCCAAUGCCAGAUUACCUGGGCUACUCCAUCUUCACCAUGCUGUGCUGCUGCUUACCUCUGGGCAUUGCUGCACUGGUUUUCUCUAUCAAUACUCGGAAUGCUAACAUGUCUGGACAACAACAGUUAGCAGAACAAAACUCCAGAAUGGCGUUCACUCUUAACAAUACUGCUCUUGGUAUUGGCAUUGUCAUCUUGGUGUUGUAUGUCACUCUCAUCAUUGUCAACACUAAACACCAUUCAAAUCCAUAACGGUUUAGGACAUCAGAGUUGGACACCAGGAAUGGGAAGAUUGAAAAAAAAAUAAUAAUUUACAUUGAAUAAUGACACAAGUUUAAUUUUUAAUGAAUUAGCUUUUUAAUCUGAAAGAUUAAGUCUAAUUGAUCUCUAGUAUAAAAUAUUUAAUAAGCUAAAACAUGCUUUAUAGUUAAUUGUCCUAUUAUUUCAAAACCAUGCUGUGACUAUCAAUGCAUAAGUAUUGGUGUCUAUUUUUCUUCCUGCCAUUUGAUUAUGUAUUACAUUAAAACUUUCAAUGACCAAUAA